AUGGCGAUAAGGUUUGUGGAUGCAACCUACUUGGCAUUGUCACAGAUCAGCUUUCUUGUGACAGAUCUAUCCAAGAAGAAUUACAAAUCAAGCAUGGCACAAAUACAAAACGUAAGUUUAAGAACAGUGGGUACUUUAAACAAAUUAUAUGGGGAACGAGGAGGACGAAGAAGGACUAGGAACUAGGUCAUAAUGAUUGUUUUCUAAACUGGAGUACUGGACAUACCCAAGAUUAAAACUAUUGAAUAGUAAAUGCAUCAAAAUUGCAUGCCUGAUAUCUCGGUUGUGUGAUACAAAGUUUCCACAGUGGUAGGUGUGGGGCUAUACUUAUAUUUGCUUGACUUUUUCAUACAAGUUCACAUGCAAUGCAUGCAUCAAACUGGAUAAAUUUGUAUACAUGUACAAUUGCAUACAAUACAGAUUAUUUUCUAUGUGAACAAAUGGAACCAAUAAAAUUUGCAUAUGGUCUUGUGAACAAUGGGAAAAUGUCCAACCAAAAUGAAAUUUGUUUGGAAACUUUCAAAUUUGAUUGUACAUUUUUUCAAUUUCAUUUUGACUCUCGGUGUCCAUAAGGUAAAUCAAGUAAUACUUUGUGCUGAACAUAUUACAGUACUGUUAGAGUUUAAAAUAUUUAACAAUUUUGUAUUCAUAUCUGAUGAUUAGACAUAACUCAUUCUUUCUUCAGGACAAAAUGUCCAACCAGUCGGUGCGAAAGUGAUUUUCAAUCAUUUUUUCGGGCUCUGGGCUAUGGCAAGCCUCAAAUUAGAGAGAUUAAUUAAUUUUUUGCUAUAAACUUUGUAGUUAGUUGAACAGCAUGGUGCAGAAGCCGAACGGCAUUAUCUGCGCUCGUUAUUCUCCUCAAUUGAUUUUUCCGCUGAAAGUAAGGGAACUGGAAAAGACUUUCAUCAGGUAAGUACUGUAAAAUGUUGUUGUAUGCUUGUCUUUAAUUAUACUUGGCAGCUUUAUACAUUCUAAACUUUUCUUUCUAGAGGUCCAGUAUUAGGUAUAUGCAUUAAUUACACGGCAAAAUACGCCGAGCCUGCUGCUCAACAGGAUUGAACAAUGUGGGCAGCAAAGCGUUGUUCAAUCCUGUUUUCAUCAAUAUUGCUUCAACCUGAGCGUUUUUUUUGCCGUGUAGAUGAGUGUUAUUACUGACCAGUGGAAAGCUGAGUAUUCAGAAAAAAACCUGUGGUGUUUGGCAGAUUGGUAGAGGCCUUUUUGCGAAAGCCAAAAUCCACCAUUUUUGGGGUACUGUCUGCCCCUGAUACUACUUACCAUUAUACAAACAAUUAUAAUACUAACAAGUUGCAUUUUGUGGUGCAGAGACUCUCAAAUGUGGACAGUGCCCCAAAAAUAGCGGGAAAAAAUUGGCUGUGAGAAAUGCUAAUUAGCUGCACUCCUGUCAGAUGUGACUGAGGUGAAACUAUAAUUGGAAAAUUGCAUAUUGCUGAUUUUCCCUGAAGGAGUUCAAAUCUCUUAAAACCAAUUACCUUGUGUUAAUUUAACUAUUAAAGUUCAACAUUCACUUCUUAAUAUUUUUUGUGUGUGUUUUGGUGUUAUGUACUCAGGUGAAUAUAAUGUUUUUGAUGUUACUCUGAGUGAAAAGUUAGCCUGGCCACGGUGGGAAUUGAACCCGCGAUCUUUGGGAUACUAGUUCAGGCUAACUUUUCAGCCUGCCCAGUGAGGAUAUACACUCAGAGUAACAUCAAAAACAUUAUUCUCCUCUUAAAUUAACCAACUAAAAUUGUCUGUAUGAGUGUGUUAAUGUGCAAUAUGUCCUACUGUACAAAUAAUACAUGUCUAUGAGUUAAACAGUGUUAAACCCAUAAAACUAUAUUUAUACAAGUGUUAAAGAGUGUUAAUUAACCACAUAAAACCAUAUUUGUCCAGGUGCAAUUGCUGAGUCAGGAAUGUCAGACAUUAAUAUGCAAAACAAAUUUUAUUUCAAUUGUGUGUUAUGCAAUUGAGAAUCAGGAACAACAUCAAAAGGUUUGGGUUUAUAUUUUAUAUUAUAAUAUAGCAUUUGUAAAUUCUGAACGCUGAUUGGCUAAGAGCCGUGUUGAUAUAACUCCAUGUCAACACGGGAAAUUUUCCGCCGCUUGUAAACACGGAAAUUUUUCUUAUUCUUCGGGCUUUUGACAUUGCUAUAUUAUAAAACAAAUAUAAAACAUUUUCCCGUAUUGAUAUAUCGUUAUAUCAACACUCGUGGAAGUUGGGAAAACUCGAAAUUGUGUGAAAACACUCCGCCCUUCGGGCGUCGUGUUUCCACACAAUUUCUCGUUUUCCCAAUUUCCACUCGUGUUGAUAUAACUGUAUAUCAACACGGAAAAUGUUUUAUAUUUGUUAAUUGUUUCUAGUUUAUCUUUUCAUACAUUUUUAUGAUUUUUUAUACUUCAGUUUACUAUAGUUAAUCAUGAUUUUUUUUUAGUCAUUGAAACCAUCCAGCCAUCUUUUACCUCAAAUAAGCAAAGUUUUAAAGUUCAGUCGUGUUCAAGAGGUAAAGAAUUGUCCUGAAUUGUUGCCAUAUUUGCAAAAGAGAUAUCUAUAUCAAAUCAUAUUACUAUAUAAUAUAAACACAAGUGAAUAUACAAAAUAUCUUUCUGCUCUUAAGCACAUAUCCAUAAGAUCAACUCUGUUGUUGUAUCUCCUCCUGCAACAUGUAGACAUUUGUUCCUUCCAAAAAAAGUCCAGAAAGUUACAAAAUUAGUAUAUAUAUGCAGAUGUUCUUGCAAAACAGUCCAUUUCUAAAAUGCAGUAGAAAGUCUAUCUCUACUUCUAUUUUUUUGUAUACAGUUCUAAAAAGGUAGAAAUAUAGUAUUAUUUAACAAUUGCAGGUUGUAUUUGGACUCGGAUUAAUGAAAUCAUCAAAUGAAGAACUUAGAAAUUUUGGUAGGUCCCUAUAUAAAAUGAUGUUUUUGGAAUUAAAGUAGACUUUAUAUUGCGUGCAUAGUUUAUCUGUAAAUGCUGAUGGUUGAAUAAAGGUUCAGUAUUCCUUGCAAUCAUACUAUUGGCUGGUUAUGCACGUACGCAGUGCGUACCUAUUUUUAUGAACUUUUAAUUUUUUUAGCUGGAAUGUUUGUAAAGCAAAAACUACCUGACCUUCUACGGUCUUACAUUGAUUCAGGUAUGUUUAGGGUGAUAUAUAUACACUGAUGAACAAGAUAUGUUGGAACCUCAACUGUUUGUAAAUUUUGCAACAUAUCUGAACACGCGCAAAGUUCUCGCGGACACGCACGUAAAGUUUGAAGGUGCAUGCGCGCGCUUCUUAUUUCGUCAAACGAGAAGAACGAUUGCAUGAGAGUUGAUGAGAUUUGGCUGGAUCUUUUCGUGUGCAUAGCGAAAACUCUCAUCAACUCUUUUCGAAAUUUGAGCCAACUCAUUAUAGUUGAUGCGAGUGCAUGGCAAGAUAAGGUUAUAAGACAAUUUCUUGUUUUCCCAAUUUCCACUCGUGUUGAUAUAACUGCAUAUCAACACGGAAAAUGUUUUAUAUUUGUUAAGUAUAAUAGACAUUUACCCUUAUGAGUGAAAUUUUGAUCUAGAUAUGCCUGGACAAAAAUUUCGUCACAGCUUGAAAGAGCAUCACAAAAUUAGUAAUAUUCCGAAGUUUCGUUGCGAAAUGUUGUAAAAUUCGGAGAAUAUAGCCCUUGCGAAGUUUGCCGUUUUUCAGUCAUUUUGCAUUACAAACGGGAAGUUGAUAAUCAGAUGAUCAAACUGAUUACCAAUUUCCCAUUUGUAAUACAAAAUGAUUGAAAAACGGCAAACUUCGCAAGGCUAUAUUAUCCGCAUUUUACAACAUUUCGCAACGAAACUUCGUAAUAUUACUAAUUUUGUGAUGCUCUUUCAAGCUGUGAUGAAAUUUUUGUCCAGACUUGUCUAGAUUAAAAUUUCACUGAAAAGGGGAAGGUCUAUUGCAAACGAAAAGUUGUCCAAGCUGUUGAACUACGAGAUAUUCUCGCCAACAUUUCAAUUGGUUUAUUCGGCAUUGGAACUUUCGUAUACGCCCAGUGACUUAUUUCAAUACAUCAAAAUCACCAACGGCACCUACCUCCAAACUCGGAUACUCUGCCGUUAACAAUACAUCAAAAUCAUUCCGUCUUCCGUCACGGCGGGUUCAUGGAAACAGCCCCUGAGUCGUGUAUACGAAUUUGACUUCAGAUGUUGGAGGAGUUCCCGAAGGUGGUCUUACAGAUGUCGCUAUAGAAGUUCUUCAUCUCCUGCUUACCUACCUGUUGUAUACGCCACAGAAAGAUGUCGGCAUUGGUGAGCACCAAAAACAAGCUUUCUUGGAUACGCUGAGGAAAGGUGAGCGGUAUAAUAAUCUGAGUAUCUGAGUAGUCAACUCGCUACUAGGGUGAGGCGUUUAAUUGAUGAACUGGGGGGGGGGGGGACGAUUCAACCGAUGUUGUUCUAGGCAAAAAACGGGGGAGGGGGAAUUCGGAAAAAAACUGUUUGAAACUUGGUAAUAUUGAAACAAAUUGGCACCUUGGCAAAAUCACGGCGCUAGUUCAAUGUUUUCUGACGAAACUUUCAAACGGCAUGGUAAAAACAUGAGAAAAUAGCACACCUCACGAUGGCUUACCGCUUACAUUAAGGCGUGCUAUACGAUUUAUAUACUAAAGUUUUUAAAACUAAAUUUUGACAUAACUUAUUAAAAAAUGUUUUCGUUUUUUUCCCAAACGGUUUUCGGUUAUUCCCCUGAAGCGCCUCUCCCUACUAGCUACCAAUCCCCGUUGACUCAUUGGGUAGAGCGGCGAUCUAAAAAUCCGAAGUUGCGAGUUCAUGUCUCGCUCGAGACAACGAAUUGUUCGCUUUCUGCCGUGUCAGAAAAAACGUUUAGUUUUUCGUAUCUCUGGCAAUUCAUCCCUAAGAUUACAUUUUCGAUACCCACUGGUAAUAAGCUGUGUAAGAAUCUGGUACAUAGCUGUUGCAUUUUUUCCCGGGAUACUUUUCACAUAUUCUAUUUCUAUAACUAUGUCGUCUUGCGUUUGCACAAGACGGGUAAACGGAUAGUGUACGUUUUAGAGAAUAGUGUACAAACCGAGCCACUGAUGAGCUGUUUCCAUUUGUUUUUCAAGAUUUUCCGAGUGAGCGGGUACCCGUAGUCUUGGCUCCAUUGCUUUAUCAAGGAGUUCACGAUAUGCCUCUGAGUCGGUGGGUGAAUAAAACAUUUCUAUUUACUUAUAUGCAAAUUUUGCAAUGCCAAGCGAUGGAAAUUUUAGAGCCUUCAAUUGUAAUGGCUAUACAGUACGAGAAUAUUUAGUGGCCACUAUUAUUAUCUAAAAUAUAAGGUCAGUCUGUUUAAACCCGUGCGAGUUGUUUGGAUAUUAAGAGUAUUAUUAGUUUCUAUUUAUUGAAGCGAUGUAUAUGUGUGAAUAUAGCGAGUGUGAGCUGACUUUGUAGUGAUAGUGUGUUUUAUGCUGACUUUGUAGUGAUACUGUGUUUUAGCAGACGAAAUUUGUAUUAGUGUAGGCUGUGUUUAAGUAUCUUAGGAGUAAGUAUGGUUCACGGUUUAUCAUUUAUAUAUAGUUCAUAUAUUUUGACAAUAAGUACCGUUAUUCAGUAGUAUUCACAAUGUAAACAAACAGAAGUGUCUGUAUGGUUUUGACACUGUAGCAUCUCUGCUCGAAUUACUUUUAUUAGUUUAUUUAUCUUAUUUUGAACAUGUCAGAAGUUAAUGGCCGUAUUCUAAAAGCUCACUCACACACAAUGAGUGGAAGUUCAAUCUGGGCUUCUCUCGAGUGUCAUUGCUGUUUUUUAAUAGCUGGAGGGUUAGUGUCAUACCUUACUAUGUGACUACUCACCCUCGAGCUAUUCAAAAACAGCAUUGACACUCAAGAGAAGCUCAGAUUGAACCUCCACUCAUUGAGUGUGAGUGAGCUUUUACAGUAGAAUACAGGCGUAAGUCCUGGUCAAAAUCGUCAAAUGAGAGUGACAGUUGAUGACAGUUGUAACUAUAGCUCGCGUUUAACCGCCAACUCUUUCACAUUUGUUUUUACCAGGUUUAAUGUGGAAAGUUCUCCAGUCCCUAAGUUAAUGGUAAGCAAAAUUUUAGAAGGUUUUUGCCUCCGUAUAGCGCCCUCUCUGAACGUAGUUUUACACAUGGACAAAGCACGCAAAUAUCUGUAAAAGGCCCGUUUACAAUUUGCUGCCGUUUUAGGCGCAAUUUUCUUCUUUUGAUGUAUGUGAACGAGUGGAUGAGUUAUGAAUGUUUAGAUGAGGAUGCAUGUACUCAGAACAUUCAUAAUUCAUCUGCUCGUUCACAUCCAUCAGGAGAAGAAAAUCGGGUUAUCGUUCCAUGUUUCGCGCACCAAUAUAGGAUAGGGUUAUAGAGGUUAAGGUUAGGGUUAUAGAGGUUAAGGUUAGGUUUAGGGUGUGUAUAUAUGUAUAAGGAGGUAUCCAGUUGGCUUUGCAGAACACUAUAAUAUCCAUUACAUAACGUUUACCAUAUUGGUGCGCGAAACAUGGAACAAUUACAGAAAGUCGCACUGGAAAUCGCAACGGCGUUAUGUAAACGGGCGUUAGGUAUCCCAAUCUGGUGGUCAUUCUGGCCCAACAUAUUUUUUAUUCAUCCCCCCAAAAUAUUUUUCAAUUGGGCGUAAUCUUUAACGCUGCGUCAGGAGGAUAGGCCUGAGAUUAUGGAUGACUUUAUUCUUGCAUGUUUUUAAGAUGGAGGAUGAUUUGAGUAAACUGAUGCAUGAAAUUGGUUAUUCGUGUUGUGCAAGGUUUGUAAAUUUCCUUUUCAAAAUGAUUGUAUCAAGGUAAUAUUUUACAGCCCUUUUCGUGCUUGGACAACAGUAACUACAAGACUGUUAACAAAUGUAUCUGGUAUCAUAUAUUGUUUAGUGUGCAAGAGUGUAAAGAGACUUUGGGACAGUCUAGCAAGGCUAAUAUUACUCCAAUGUGUAUUGCCAAAGUUCUAGGUAUGGCCUCAGUCUUUGCUUCAUCGUUUAACAUCCCCUAGAGCACCAGCUUACAUUAAUUUGUUUUCUUUGUAGGAAUGAUGGCCAGGACAGUUUCCGGCCUUGGAGAGUCUAUGCCACUACAGGUACAGUAACGAGGUUUGACCGCCUGUCAAGCAGACUAGAGAGGUUCAGAUUUGUCCUCCACUACUGUACCUCUCACUGACUAAGUACGCAUCUGAUUGGUUAAUCGGGAAGAUUCCGCGCAUCUGAUUGGUUAAUCGGGAAGAUUCCGCGCAUCUGAUUGGUUAAUGGUUGUGGUAGCGGUCUUGGAAGUCAAAUCUGAAUCUCUCUGGUAUAUGGAAUAAAAGAAGUCGAGGAAAAUUUAUCAAGAAAAAAAUUGUUCGUCUAUCGCGUGGUGCUUCGGUGUCACAAUUGUCAGAGCAAACGGCUUUCAUCUCUAAAAUUGUGGGUUCGAUCCUCACGUCGGACUAUUGACACUUAUGCGAAAAGAGUUUACCGGUCAACGGUCUACCGAAGGUCGUGAGUUUUCUCCGGGUACUCCACUUUCCUAUCACAAGGAAAGUUGACAGGGUGGGUUGGGAUUAUCCCCCUAACUGACCCUUCCACCGUAGCUGUACUCCGUGAUCAGACAUGAAUCAUAAGGUGGCUGCCUGAGGUGCCCUUAGUAAGCCUUCGACUCAAUCAAGUUGAGCUGCGUCCUUUGCAAUUCAGCUUAGCUCUCAGCUACAAGUAGGGAUGAUUAUAACCUGAGUAUCAGGCUCUUAUGUUUUCAUUCGCCAGGAUUAAUUGGCGGCGGCGAAUGAAGGAGGGCCCGAUACAAUUCUUUAGAGCCUGAUACUCAGGUUAGGAUGAUUAACACACCUCCACUUACUUACUUAACAAUGAUAAACUUUAGGCCAGAUAAUAAAAGUAUUAUAAUGUGUACUUAUUUUAGACGUCCGUCAACAUUGUUACUCCGAUUGAACUGGGGAAACCAGAAGAACCCUCGACAGGACCAAAUACUUGGAAUGUUGAAAUGUUUGUUACAACUGUAAAGGAAAUGGUAGGUAUUGAAGAUCGAGACGACGUCACUCCGGCGAAUAUGAUUUUUUCAUAUCAACAUUAUGACGUCACAAUAUGUCAAAACUCCACAAAUGUUAUAGAGCGUUUACACAUGACCUCACAGCCGCCAUGUUGGUGUUCCAAUUCAAAAGAAUUUUAAUUCAGACUCUUUUGUCUGGAACACCAACAUGGCCGCCAUGGCAAACGCUUUAUUGAGUCUGUAUGACGAUUUCACAGUUGGUUGUUAAGCAAUUGGAAACCAUGAAUCUUUUAAAUAAAUAAUACUCAUUACUAUAUUACUUCAUAUAUUAGGUUAUUGUAGUACAUAUUAGGUGAAUCUAAAACCCAGGUGUCUUUUCGUUUGUUUAGAUACCCGAGUUAAACUGGACAGAAGUCAUAUCGUGUUUGGAUCAUCCUGGAUUUUUAAUCAGCACAGUGGAAGCAUUAAGACUUAUUGUGACUGCCUGUCAUAAAGGAUUACAAGAUAUAUUUCCCAUAGAGAUUCUAUAUCACGCUUGGUCGAAUACAGAAGGCCAGGUGGGCGGAGUAUAUAGCAUAAAGGCGUUUUCCGCGCGGAGCGAAAUUUCUCUUUGUCUUUUCUAAUUAAUUCCACCCGAGAAAUCACAAGACAAAGAGAAAUUCCGCUCCGCGCGGAAAAUUUCGCCUUGUGGAAAACGGCAGUAUAUCUCCUAAUUGGAAUUUAAAACAUUGAACUGAAAUAACUUUUUAUCCACUGUUGUUUUGAGCAAAUGUUUGAAGUUUGUUUGAUCUUCAAGUAGUUACGAGCAGAAGAAGACAAGAGAAAAUGACCUUGUACACUGGAAAUCUAAUUUCAUUCUUUAAAAUGGUUUAUUUAUUGUUUGUCAGUUAUCAUGGAUCCAACAAGCUCUCAUCAACCCCGACGUCUUUUGUUUUGCCGACUAUCCAUGUCAUACUGUCAUCAUUGAUGUACUCAAGUCACCUCCCGAAGACAAUAAUCGGGAAAUAUUAACAUGGUAUGCACCUGCACAUCACAUAUUGCAAGCAGUUCCGCUUAUUCUAGAAUAUCAUCACAGUAGUUUUUUCCAAAUCGUUCAAACUCAAUCUUCUCCCGAAAAAGCGGCAAUAGACAAAAUUACUUGUAUUAAUAUACAAGUAAUUUUGUCUACUGCCGUUUUUUUUAAGAAUAUACAGCAAUCCAGUACCUUCUUCCUUUCACAAUUAAUUAUUCACACUUGCCACAAUUUCUUCAAAGUGUAUUGUGAAAAAUAUAAUUACAGAGGAAGAGUGAAGAUGACUCAACUGAAGAUUGAGUUCUGACUACCGUAUACUGGCAGUAGAAAGCGCUUGUAUUAAUCUCUGCAUUCUAACUCUGUAGGCAAUCCUUGAGUCUUGUGGAGACUUUACUUCGACUGGCUGAAUGUGGUCAUUACGAGACAGUGAAAGCUUUGUUUGAUUUCCCAAUUAAAAAUUGUCCUGACGUUCUUGUCUUGGCCCUGCUACAAACUAACGUAAGUCCAUUUUAUUUAUAAAGAAACUGUGCGGUUAACCGAAAAAUUCGGUUCUUCCGCUACUUUUUUUAGCACCGAAAAUUAUACACAAAAGAACCGGUAGUUUCGGUUUCAAUUUCCUGUUUAACUCCCACCAAACGCCCACUUGAUUGCAGGUUGAAAUGUUUGGAAAAUAACAAGAUUGUGCUCUUUGUACACAAUAAUCACACUGUACUAAGUGCUCAAAUAGUUGAUAUUUUAGUUGUAUUAGUUAUGGUUGUGCACUUGCUUUAAAUUUUUUUAAAGAGAAAUGUUUCAUGUUCAUUAAUACAUAAAUGAGUUCAUACAUUUGUACUGAAAUAUAUUGAAAAUAAUUACUGUAUUGAAAAUAACCGAACCGAGAUUUUUCUGUUCCAUGCAAAAAACCCGGAACCGGAACUGAGAUAAAAUUUUUGGAACCGCACAGCUCUGGUUUACAUAGGUAUUUAUCAGGGCUCGAAGUAGAGAAAAAAUAUGGCCUGCCAGUCAAAAAUGUUUUGGGCAGGUGGGUUUGGAAAUAAAUUUUAGCCUGACAUUUUAUUCACUGAACUGCUAAAAUGGCGAUGUCUCAUAUGAGUCACAUUGUAAAAAUCAAUGUUUUCAUGAUAUGCAUUUUUAUUGUUUUUAAACUUGUCUAUUUUAAGUACUACAGUAAACUUGGAUUUGUGUAUUUAGUCAACCAAAUGAUCUAGUCUAUAUGAGUUGUGGAAAGAAAAUGAAAUGAAUUAUAUCUAUAGAAUUUCACCUGCCAUUUUUUUUUUACUUUGGCAGUUCAAAUUUGUUUUUGCCUGCCAUUUCUAAAAUAUCACCUGCUUUUUGCCAUUGGCAGCCCGCUAUUUCGAGCCCUGGUAUUUAUUUGAUCACACAAUAUCGAAUUAUCGAUAUUUAUGUUUCUUCUUGUAUAUAAUUUUUGAGUCUCGCUUCAUAUCAUUUGUUUCACUAGCCUACGUGGCAGACAUUGAAGUACGACCUGGCUUCUAUAUUAAUCCCAAUCUUCCUCGCUAAUCAUCCAAAUUCACUGUGUGUAUUACAUCAUGUUUGGCAUGGCCAGGUAAGAGUUGGUAUGUAAGAUAAGGUAAAGGAGCCGUGGGAGUGGCAUGUAUGAUGAUGAUACAAUAUUUGAUAUAAUACUUAUCUGAAAUAACACUCCAGUUAUUCUUUACUUCCAGGGUCAGUCGUCACCGUCCAUUCGACAUCUUGUCAUCCAAGCUAUGGCUGACUGGUAUAUGAACGGCGAUGCGGGCGAUCUAUCUCGAAUAUUGGAUGUCGCUCAAGAUUUGAAGGUUAUGCUCUAGAAAAUUGAUAUUUAGUAAAGUUGUCUUAAAUCCAUACCAGUAGCUUCCCACAAGCUGUCAGUGAAAUAUUAUUAGUUGAAAUCUGAAUGACCUUUUAUACAUGAACAAAUACUAGAUAUUAAAUUUAAGAAUAUACACAUAUAUCUGAAAGAAAGGAAUAAGGUUGAAAGUAUAUAAUCAACAGGAUAAGAAUUCCAUAUUAAGACCGACAUCAUCACUGUUCAUCAUCACCUAUCAUCCCAUAGUUUUUCAGAUACAGAUAUUUCACAGCACACUCCCUAUCAGGGUUUUUCAGUGACUGGUUACAUUGUGAAUAGAUAGAUAGAUAGAACCGGACUGACGUGAAGCAGAUCGAGGUAGACUGUGAGCUUACAAAUGACGCUUUAAGCAGCCGCUAUUAGUCUAUACCUCAUUAAUGAUCUGACCCCUGACCUAUAUUUUCUCGUAGGUCCAUGAUACAUUGUCUAUAUAUAUUGAGGUGUUGAUUCACACCAAUUUGGUCUUCUUUACAUCCACAAAACAUUUACGCCUCUUCCGGUGCUAAUAAACGCUUGUUGGUGUAAGUGGUGGUGUUGGAAAAGUAAAUUUACGUCGAUUUAGUGAUCCUCUCAGAUUGUGUUUGACCAACGUCCUAACUUUGUUAAAACAUUUAGGCUCUUUCCAUAUUAUUGAAUGGCUCAACCUUCUCGUUCGUCAUCGACCUUGCUGCGUUGGCGUCACGACGCGAGUACCUGAAACUGGACAAAUGGCUGAACGAUAAACUUCGCGAACAUCAGGAAGAAUUUGCUGUGGCUGUUGUUGACUUCCUGAAACGUCGCUGUCCACAUUUGGUUGGCAUUAUUCCAGAACAAGAGUUGCCAAAGAGCGCACAGCUACCGCCCGAGACCGUUAAUACAAUGCUCUCAUGUUUACAAGCUUAUUCAGGGUGAGUGAAGUGUUACAAUAGAUAUCCCUGCACAAAUUGAAAGGAGCCAGGUAGCUACACACGCCGCUUAUUUUAUUUUACCCCUCAGUGGGAGACCUACAGUAGAAGUUUUAACUUUUGGAUUUUUUUCUCAGUCAUGUUUCGCUUGAGCUCGGUGAAGAAAUCAAGCAGAUGAUAUCACGACAUGGUCCAAUACUCAAAUCAAGACAACCAUCAGUCAGUGUUUCGAUGCCAUCCUUGUCCAGACAAACCAGCCGCGAUCCUGGCUUGCCUGGACAGGUAAUAUAAGUUACGAAUAUUUACUCGUGGCAACCCGUUCAACUCUUUGUAUAACAGGACUAAGAACUUUACGCCUGUAUUCACUCAAAGAGUAGAGGUUCAAUCUGAGCUUCCCUUGAGUUUCAGUGCUGUUUUUGAAUAACUGGAGGGUUAGUGUCGUACCUUUCUAUGUGACUACUCACCCGCUGCAGCUAUUCAAAAACAGCACUGACACUCAAGGGAAGCUCAGAUUGAACUUCCACUCAUUGAGUGUGAGUGAGCUUUUAGAAUACAGGCGUUCGUCACUUGCUUUGGUGGAAAUUGAAACCAAGUGUGGCAAUCAUACAUGCCAAAUCGCUUGCAAAUGCUCUCUAAAACGCAUGACUAAUGCACGUUUCUGUUUAUAUUUUAUAUUCAAGAUGGAUUCGUUAGCCGGCUUAAAUUUAUCAUCGGGUACCAUUCCCCCAACGCCAACCACGCCAUCUCAACUUCCUACUUUCCCGCCACAUCCGUUGUCAACUGGUGGGGGACUGGGCGCGCUCGGUUUGGGCCCUGCUAUUGGUCAGCCACCAUCAAAACCAAUAUCCCAAAUUGGUGCAGGUAUGACAUUUCAUUUACACGUGCGUGUAGGAAAAGUUAGGCAGGAAAUUUGUUAAGUUGAAGAUUUGCAACUUAAAAAUCUGAAGGAUUAGCUGAAAAAUCUAAAAGCCCAUUUCCACUCAGGAAAAUUUUCCGCUGAAAGAAAAUUUUGUAAAAUGUGAUUGGCCGAUAAACAUUUUUUGUCGGAAAAUUUUGAAGUUGAAAAUUUUCAACUUUUAACAAUGAUAUUUUCGGCAAAUGUUCUGUCCGUGGACAGAAAUUUGUAAAAUGUGAUUGGAAAAAUUUGUAUGCCAACUUUCCAGUUACUUUUAAACACUGGGGAAUUCCUUGCCAUUUUCUUGUCAGAAAAUUUCUUGGCAGCGAAAGAAACACAAAAACUAAACAGUCCAAAAAAACUUUCAUCACUUGCCAGUGCAUACCUACCCUGGAUUCCAGAGCCUUCGACAGUAAAUAAUAAAUUGAAAUGUCGCGAAGGCUCUGGUUCAACGGGGCGAUUCUUUGAUUAAGCCGCGCCAAUCACAAAACAGAAUUAGUGGUUUUAGUACAGAUUCUGUACUAAAACCACUAAUUCUGUUUUGUGAUUGGCGCGGCUUAAUCAAAGAAUCGCCCCGUUGAACCAGAGCCUUCGCGACAUUUCAAUUUAUUAUUUACUGUCGAAGGCUCUGGAAUCCAGGGUAGUGCAUACCAUACUGUCCAUACAAAGGAAUUAGUAGGUCAAUAAUUGAAUUUGUAAAUUAAUUAAAACUAACAUGGCCUACAAUUUUUGAAAAUAACUAUAGGCCAGGAAAAAAAAUUCGCACGCUAACCUCUAGGUUGCGCUCCCAAGGAGAAUAUUAUUCAACAGCCAUUUUGUAAUCCCAGAACAUUUUUACCAUUUAGGUCUAACACCUUCGGGCUUAACCAACACAAGUGGCAAUCCUCUGCUUCAACAGUUACAAGUAGGAUUUUCAAACGAAAACUUCCACUCGCUUGGUGUGAGUAGUUCAGCCGCGAACUUUACCUCCACCAAACCACUUGGAUCAUUGUCUGCAUUUCCACCCCAACCCGCACCACCUGUACAGACACAACAACUGGCAGGCAAUCCAAGGCAACAGGCUGAAAAGCUCCGUCAAAGUAAGUCUGGGGAUAUUUUUCGCUACGAUAGUAAUGUAGGGUGUUUGUAGACGGUGAUUUAGAAAGACUGGCAUCACUCUGAUAUAGCGAUAUCGCUUGAGGGAUGAUGCCAUAAAAAGCGAUAAAACUGAUAUCGCCUCAUCCCGAUUGUGAUAACCUGUUUAUUAUAUAUUUUGUACCUUUAUCAGGGUCAGAAUUUAUUAGAAUAUUAAUCAUUGCCCUAAUGCAAAAAUUAUUAAUAGCGCGACAAAAAGACUCGCACAUUUCGUCUCCACGUGAAACCUCUGAGGAGGGGAGAGUUUCGGGGAUGCCUCUGCGAAGGAGAAAGGUUCCGAAUUCAUCCUGUUCCGUUUGAACAAAAGCAAAACAAACCUUCAAUGGCAGCGUUGUCAAGCCUCGACAACAAACGAUAUCAGUGACAAAAAACGAUAUCAAUGAUGAGUGAUAUCAGUGUCAUUAUGUCACCCUGUUAUCGCCUGAUAACGGCAUAAGAAUUCAAGUUUCAAAAGACGGCGUUUCAAGUUUGAAACAAAAACGGCUGUUGCCAUAUGUGUAACGGAUUCACUUCCGGUUGCCAUCCGUGUUGUCAGAAACGCGACUUGAUGUUAAAUACGUUGGAUAUCUCGCUCGAUACAUUGGUUUUUAUAGAUGGAAAUUUUGAGAAAAAGUGUGUACAUGUUUUAACAAAACACCGCUUGAUAUGAAUGAAAAAACUACGUGAAAAAUACAAGGAGAAUUCGGUUACUACGAACUUAACUUCCCGACGAAAGGCCUUGAGACGUCGAAGUUCUCCUUGUAUUUUUCGUGUAGUUGCAUCCAUUUAUCAACCGAGUUUUAUUCUAUCAUUGACACUACCUACACUGGCACAGACGAUUAUCGUACAUGUUUUAAACCUGACUAGGAACAGUUACGAGAGAUAAGUAAAUUAUCUUUCUUUUGUCUUCCUAGACACAGCUGGCAGUGAUAUUACAGCAGCAUUACCCGGAGUGAACCAGUCAUUCCCAGGUGAUGUCGAAGCUGAAGCCAACUCAUAUUUCCAGAAAAUUUACAACCAACCUCCUAAUCCAACAAUGACCAUUGAUGAAGUCUUAGAAAUGCUGAAGAAAUUUAAGGAUUCUUCAUCGAAAAAGGAAAAGGUGAACUUUGUAUUUCGUGUACCAAGCUUGAUUUAUUCCCUACAUUUUAUUCCCAAGACUUUGAUGUCUGAUGUGUGAGACUAAAUAUGUACCAGUUUAACGCAAUCUUUAUAUCCUGUAGGAUGUAUUUCUAUGCAUGCUUCGCAAUCUGUUUGAAGAAUAUGGUCAUUUUCAUAAUUAUCCCAACAGAGAAUUGCAUACAACAGCUUGCUUAUUUGGUGGCAUUAUUGAUCAAGGACUUGUAACGUGAGUAUAGUGAAGUCCGAAAUAUCACAUACUCGAACCGCCCUGACCGCGUAGCUCAGUGGGCAGAGCAUUGGGCUGGUAUUCCAAAGGUCUGGUAUUCCGUGGCCAGGCAUAUUUUUCAAGCUUGCCCGGUGUGGAUAUACACUCAGAGUAACAUCACAAGCAUCAUAUUCACCUUGAGUACAUUACACCAACACAGAAAAAUCGUGAGUAUAGUAUUAUGGGGAUUCGUACGGUUUGAUCUGGUCUGAAAUCACGCGUAAUACAAACAUCACACGUAAUACAUACAUAUACAAAAUUUGCAAACUUCGCAAGGCUAUAUUUUCCGUAUUUUACAACAUUUCCUAACCAAAUUUUGCAAUUUUACUAAUUUUAAUAAGUUCUUUACGGGAAUUUACUUUUUUUUUUGCCUGGAUCAAAAAUUAGUCUAACAUGCAAGUUGUCUAUUAUUGCGGUGCGAAGGAUAUGCAACUAUCUCAAAAAUAUCCGCAAGAAAUGCAGUCAUCGAGCUUAAGACUCAAAAGAUGAAUUACCGCUCAGUUUUUCUUGCUACAACCGUUUUGAUAGGAGAAAAACGUCCACAAGUUGUUUGAUUGCCCGUCAUUUGGAUGAAAAGUCACGUGAUUGCAAAUAAAGAAUAUAAUAAAACAUCAGCUCAUACUGUAUCUUGAGUUCGCAGAAUAACUGUUAAAUGUUAGUGCAAAGUUUCACACAGCACUAUUGUGAUGAAAGCAAAAAUUAAAAUGAGUGACUCAUAAAGAACAAUAGAUAUAGUGUAAACAUCCGGGGGCUUCUCGUGAUGAUUUUCUUUUCUUUUUUUUUUAUCAAAUUUCAGUGUUUAUUCAAAUGUGUAAAGCUAUUGCAAUUCAUCAAUUCCUAGUGUUUUACUUUAUUAUUUAGGUAUAUGGCCUUGGGCAUUGCUUUGCGAUACGUCUUAGACGCACUUCGCAAACCAUACCAGAGUAAGAUGUAUUUAUUUGGAAUCACAGCACUAGACCGCUUCAGAAUGAGGUAAUGUAGAAAAUAUGAUGUUCUUUAUUUCGAUAAAGUUGUUUGGAAGCCACCUUGUCACUUUCGUUUUAUGACUAACUCUAGGGGGAGAGCUCUUUAAUCUUUAUAUCGUAUUCAGUUAACCCGGUAUUUGUUUUAGAAUUGUGUGUUAAAUUAUUUUUUGAACUGUCUUUGCCAGUGUAGGUAGUGCCAAUCAAAUGAACAAGCUUUCGUUGGUUGGGAUGCAACUCCCUGAAAAUACACCAGGAGAAUUUCAUGUUGAAUUGAAAUUCUCCUUAUAUUUAUCAGGUAGUUGCAACGAAAGCUUGUCAUGUGUUUUAUUUUGCUUGUUUUUUCCGUAAUAGGUUAAAAGAUUAUCAACAUUACUGUCGACAUUUGGCGUCCAUACCUCACUUUAAUGAAUUCCCUCCACAUCUUAUUGAGUUCAUUGAAUAUGGAAAACAGUCAGUACAACCUCCACUGAGCAGCAGGAGUUUACAGGUACGACCUUUGGGUUCCGAUUAUAUACGACAUGAUUGUAUAAGAAACUCUCAUAUAAGAAACUUUCACAGUGGUUAGAGCCAGGGCCGUAGCUAGAAAUUUGGGGGGGGGUAUAUGCAUAAACUGUACUCGUGUUUACAUACCGUAAAAACAAUCUUCGUUCUAGCUACGGCCCUGGUUAGAGCAUUCAUCUCUGUGAUUGGGCUUCGAUUCUUGCAAGAUACAAUUGUCUGGUUAUAAUGUUGAACUGUCUGAGCCAGUGUAGGAGCUGUAAAAGCUGUAACUGUCGGAGCCAAAAAUAUAAAAUAUUUUUCUUUAUCUGAAAAAUAUUUUUUCAGUUGUUCUGGGUAGGUUCAGUUUCUCUGAGUGCUUCGGUUUCCUGCUCUGCACUGUAGUAACAUUCGACCUUGGCCUCUAGGACAACACUUGACAAACUGACAAAGCCAUCCAGUGUGAAGAAAGUUAGCUUAUGAAUAACCAGCCCCAGAUAUCGGAGUAUAAAUGUGAUAGGAGUAUCAUUUAUGUGAUUUUCAUUAAUAGGAUUCGUCUUCAACAAACUAUUUCGGCAAAGCUACCUCCAGUGUCUCGGAUGCUUUGCCACCAUCGACAGGAACAGCUGUGACGACUACAGCACCAUCAAGCGGAGCUGAUACCGCGAAACAAUUUUCACUUUCUACAGGAGGUCAGUGUUAUACUUACGAUUUUUAUAUAACAAUAUUCAUACUUGAAAUACUGUUGAUUGAAAUAUUUAAAAACAUUCUCCAUGGUAUUCUCUAGUGUCUUCCAAUGGUUCAACGAGAAAAGAGGUAUUAAGAAAUCUAUAAUUAUAUCUCGUUUUAAAUGUAUUGGAAAAAGCGUUUUUAGUCCUCAAUGAUUAUUUUAUCGUCAUUUUGUUUACACUAUUCAUCCAAUUUUUAGCCUUCUAUAGCAAACGCGAGUAAUAUUGAUACUCUCCUUGGCGCGACAGAGAAAUCCGAAUUGGCUCAACCGUCAGAGUCCGUUCAAGAUAAAGUUCACUUCAUUUUCAAUAAUAUUUCAACAAAUAAUCUUACCCAAAAGGUAACUAUAAAUUGUGAACAGCAAGGUUUCCACUGCAUGUUAUCGCCGGUACAGUGGUACAACUGCAGUUUAACAGACACCAGUGUGUUGUCCAGCCGGUAAAUACAGUGGGCUCGUGAAGUACACUUUUGGUGGGAAAUAACUUUAAUUAUUUCAAGGUUUAUGGCAUUUUGCCACCAAAACUUGCAUUAGGCGAGCCCUGACUACUGUCAGCAACACACUGGUGUCCCCUAAACUGCAGUCCAGCCGCGGUAUAGUUGUUAAGUCAUGUCCUUUGCACCUCCUUAAGCUUGCUUUGGUUUAGUUUAGUUUAAAUCCUUAAAUGUUGUCUUACGUUUCAGGGUGAAGAGCUGAAAGAAGCGGUGAAGUCUGAAUUCUUCCCAUGGUUAGCACAGUAUCUUGUCAUGAAGAGAGUCAGCAUCGAACCAAACUUUCACGAUCUUUAUAUUAAGUUUAUGGAGACACUCGAAUGGAAAGAAUUAUUUCAAAUGGUGCUUCAAGAAACCUAUCGAAAUAUAAAGGUACAUACUAACUUAUGAACUGGAUAGUGAGAUCGGGACAGUAUCAUAAAAUAUAUUUUGGUGGCUCAUUGGUUGGUGAAUGCACCUACCUGUGUGACCUAUGCAAGAAGAAAGGUAGUGAAUUUAUGGGAGAAUAGUUUAGAAGCAACAGCUAGAGUUAUCUAGUAACAAUAGUUAGAAGCUGAUAAUCUUUAUAACUGGAUUAAAAUCUAUAUGUGUUUAAUGUCCUUAGGUUUUGCUUCAGUCAGACAAGGUUCCUGCAAACUUCUCAGAUAGAUCACUGUUAAAAAACCUUGGACAUUGGCUUGGACUUAUGACUUUGGCUCAAAAUAAGCCCGUAUUGAUGAGAGUAAGUUCCAUGUAUACAUCUGCAGAUGUUUAGCCAGGGACUACUGUAAUACUAUACUUAGAGAUGACUCAACAGUGAACGUAUACAUGUAGACUCGUAGCUUGACUCUUCUGUCGGAGUAACGGGAAUUAUCAAUAAAGUAUUUGAAUUUUUAUUUCAGAAUCUGGAUGUAAAGUCACUCGUUAUCGAAGCAUACUUUAAAGGACAGCAGGCAAGACUAUUGACAUGAUUUAAUAUUUUAAAUAUUUAAAAUAAAGAUAUAUUAUAAAUAUAUCUUUAUUUUAUAUUAUUUACUUCUAGGAAAUGUUAUAUGUUGUACCGUUUGUUGCCAAAGUCAUGGAAGGCUGUGCAAAAAGCAGAGUAAGUGUGAUUAGUUAUUAGAAUGUAAGGGUUUGUAAUCCAAGUGAGAAUAUAUACAUUUUAAGACCUAACCAGGAACGACUGCGAAAAAUGCAGCACAAGGUCCUCUGGUAGUAAUUGAACCUACGGCCCUGCGAUUCCGGUGCAGCGCUCUAACCAACUGAGCUACAGAGGCCAGCUGUUGAGCUGUAACCGUAAGUUCAUGUAUAUAUAGGUAAUCGGGUGUGCGGGUUGUGAUCCAUGAAUGGUCAAAGGCUUAUAUAGCCGUAACGAAUAUUAUUCUUCAAGAAAAGAAAAUUUGAAGACGACUUGAGAUUCUUUCUAACUCUGUAGAUAUUCAAGCCUCCAAACCCGUGGGUCAUGGCUGUUAUGGGCGUUUUAGUGGAAUUACAUCAAGUACCAGACCUCAAGGUGAGAGCUCUAACCCCUAUUAUGCGCGAAAAUGAGAAUAUAGUCUGGAACCGGAACGACUAACUCAUGAGCGCAGUGGAAGCUGUUACCAGUCUGCAUUGGCUGUUGCUCACUUUUCAUUUGUUUCAAUUUCAGCUAAAUCUUAAAUUUGAAGUGGAAGUUCUGUGCCAUACAUUGAGCAUUGACAUGAAGGUACGAUUUAGAGCCUUAGUGUGUCAGAUGUAAAUCCCAGUAUUCCCAAUAUUCAAAACUUUGAUGUGUUGAAUACUACCUAUUUACUCCCAAUACAUAGAUUACUUCGUUAUUUCAUUAGUUUGUUUUUAAAAUUGUUUCACACAGGAGGAAAUCACGCCGACGACGUUGUUGAAAGAUCCUGAGAAAUUGAAUCAAAUAAAGCACCAGUUAUCAUCACCAGACAAAGAUAGGCACGCAGGUCCAUCAGUUCUGUCCCAGGCCCCUCCGACUACCCCGCCUCCUCCCCAGUACUCUUAUCAAGAGAUCAAUGUCGCAUCUUUGGCUGGAUUGGCUGGCCUUAUCAAGAUUAACCCACAGGUAAUUGAAGACGUACUCGCAUAUACUAAAUCAUGAUAUACCUUCUUAUACGACCUCGGCAUCUAAGGCAGGAGUAUGUAAAGGCCUGUUUACACUUGCAAUUUUUGCUGCGAUUUCUAGUGCGAUUUUUUCUGCUGACGUGAUGGCGACAUGAAAUCGCCAGUGUAAACACCCUGCGAUUUAACUGCAAGUCCAGUGCAACUUCACUGCGACAAGCUGCAAAUAUUUCGAUCGUGAUCAAAAUUUAUCGCAACUCGCUGCGAUUUUUCAAAAGAUGUGAACAAAAUACGACUGUGCUAGCCCAGAGUUGGCCACCGAAAGUUUGCAUGAGAGUUUUCUCACGUCAAACACCGCGUAGCGAAAACUCUCACUUGAACCAAGUUGAUGAGAGUUGAUGAGAAUGCAAUAUGCACGACAUCUCAUCAACUCUCACGAAACUCUCGUGAACUAUCAUCAUUGUUUGAGUGAGACAUUACUUUUUGUGUUGGAACUGAACUUCAACAAGUAUCCAUUCUUGUUUCUUUUACAGAUCGCGUUGUUCCAGCAACAGCCUCAACUACGUCAGUACGUACGACCAGCUAUUGACAGAGCUGUACAAGAGUUGAUCCAUCCAGUUGUUGAGAGAUCUAUUAAAAUAUGUCUGACAACAGCCGAAAUGAUUGUCAAAAAGGUUUGUAUAAUUAGAACUCCUCAGACCUGGUCAGCUUUGCAAAGCGUGUUAAUUUAUGCAAUAGACGUUUUAUUUUGGAAAUAUUUGAGGUAAACAUACAUGUAAAAAUACACAAAUCGAAGCGACAGGUUAAGUUUAACUAGGUUAAAUUUAGCGCCAGUCCAGCUUUGAAUAACCGGCCUAUAGAGUUGAAACUUCAUGCUAUCACAAAAAUAUUGUUUGACUGAGAAAAUCUUGUGCGUUUACCCUCUCCCAUCGCUGGACAAUACGGUCCAAUAAUCAAAAUGUUGUUUUGUGUCUAGGACUUUGCUUUAGAUCCAGAUGAGUCGCGUAUGAGAGCCGCAGCCUACAGUAUGGUACGGUUUAUGACAGCUGGUAUGGCUUUAAUCACGUGUCGUGAGCCACUGAACAUCAGUAUUAACAAUAACUUGAGGUCUACCUUAAUGGCCGCAUUGAGGGUAAGUAUACUUUUAUACAUUACUUCGUGAAACACGCGAGAACUGCCACAUACUGAAUGUAUGAUCGAGAAAUAGCCCGGUUUCAGCAAAUAUGUAUGGUACUGAAUGGUGAUCACUUUCCAAUAUAUUGAUUCUUACGGGAACAAGCUCUGUAUCAAAAUCUUUUCAGUUUUCAAUUUACCGUUCAUUUCAAAACAUUAAUAUAAAUUCAGUUGAUAUCACAGUAAAUUUUAUUGUAUUUGAUUAUUCCAGGGUGCAACCCCUCAACAAAAAGAAGCGAUCGAGAGUGCAGCUCAGAUAGUGAGUGAGGAAAACACUGAACUAGCGUGUACAUUUAUACAAAAGACUGCUGUGGAGAAAGCUUUGCCGGAAAUGGACAAACGUCUAGCCUCGGUUAGUCAAUUUAAUAUGGAAUAAUCGUUAAUAUUUGUUUAUAUUUAACAAAUAUAAAACAUUUUCCGUGUUGAUAUACAGUUAUAUCAACACGAGUGGAAAUUGGGAAAACGAGAAAUUGUAUGGAAACACGACGCCCGAAGGGCGGAGUGUUUUCACACAAUUUCGAGUUUUCCCAACUUCCACGAGUGUUGAUAUAACUAUAUAUCAAUACGGAAAAAGUGUUUUAUAUUUGUUUUAUAAUAUAGCAAUGUCAAAAGCCCGAAGAAUAAGAAAAAUUUCCGUGUUACAAGCGGCGGAAAAUUUCCCGUGUUGACAUGGAGUUAUAUCAACACGGCUCUUAGCCAAUCAGCGUUCAGAAUUUACAAAUGUUAUAUUAUAAAUAUAUAUAUAUAUAUAUAUAUAUAUAUAUAUAUAUAUAUAUAUAUAUAUAUAUAUAUAUAUAUAUAUAUAUAUAUAUAUAUAUAUAUAUAUCAUUUUCUCGGAACGCAGAGCUUACUGUGUGUGUGUUUUUCCAGGAAUUUGAGCUACGACGACUUGCCCGCAGUGAAGGCAGACGAUAUUGUGAUCCUGUUGUACUGACUUAUCAAGCCGAACGAAUGCCGGAACAAAUACGGUUGAAGGUAAGGUAGAAACGUAAUACACACAGUGUUAUUCUGUUCACUAUUAGUGUGGAGUGUGGCUGUUGCCAGAGUUCUGCCUUGGUAAACUCGCAUGGUAAACUUGUAUUCUCACUGGCGGGCAGAAUUUGGUUGCGGGCCAACCCAACUGUGCGAUGCCUUGAUGUCGUGGACGGUGGAGUCUUGACCGACCCUUUCUGUCGGUUCCAUCGACCAUACCAAGCAUGAUCCUUACUAUAAUUUGCCUUAUCACGUGUUUUGCCAUUACUGUUUGCCAGUUUUCUGACCAGUCUUAAUCACUAACGGCGUCACCUAACUCUAAACUCUAGGCAGUGUUCCCUCGCGCAAGUACCAGAAGACUAGCUGUCCAGAGGGUUCGACAUCCAACAAAUAUUCUCUUAACUUUCUCCUCAGGUCGGGGGUGUAACACCAAACCAAACAGCAGUAUUUGAAGAAUUCGCUAAAACAAUUCCUGGUUUCACAACACCCACUCCAGGGGAAAGCCUUUCAACGCCAGCUUCGUUUACCAACAACAGAUCCAUCUUUGAACAAAAUCUACACGCGAGUGAGGUAAGAGUACAUGUAUACUGUAUGCUACGCGAAUCUGAUUAGUUUGUUAAUGUUGUUUAAGACAUGCAUCCACUCGUCUUUGGCUCGUGUUUGUACAUAGAUAAUGCACAAGACGGCCACUCAUGUUGCAUGUAUUACCUACAGUAUGUUUAUUUCUACUUUGCAGCCAGCAAUUUUACCAGAAGAUAUCGCACAAAUUCUUGGUAAAUGUACUGCCGAGAUAGAACAACAUCUGCACGCUAUGAAUUUAUCUCAGAGUAGUCCACAUGGUUUGGCCAUUGUUGGCUUACUUGAUGUCUUGGUAACAGCAAGAACAUCCAGAGAUAGUGUGUCUCUUGCUCGCGUUGUGCAUAAGGUAAGGAUUCAAGGUCUUAGCCUCCAGGGGCCGGUUGUAGGCUACGAAGGCCGGACAGCGCUAUCCACGUAUAUUAAAGUUUAGUAAGUACUACGUCUAUAUCCGUAGUUUCACAGUUUUUCAAGCAUUUUACAAAGGUUGAAAAAAUCAUUAUCCGGUGCAUAGCGCUAUCCGACCUUCAUACAACCGGCCCCAGGUUCUAUGUCUUUGAUUUGGGGUGGAUAAAUUGACCUGAAGGCCCGUUUACACAUGCAAUUUUUGAUGCGAUUUUCUCCUGAUGGAUGUGAACGAGUGGGUGAGUUAGGAGUGUUUAGAUUAGGGUACGUAUAUUCAGAGCAUUCAUAAUUUAUUUACUCGUUACCAUCCAUCAGAAGAAGAUUUGUUUGUCAUUAUUGUCAUUAUAUUUGUUGAUGGCUUGGUAAGAAAAAUAAUGGAUGAUAUGUAAUACUAAACUUGCAUGAAAUAGUUCUUUUCCAAAUUUAGUAGAAUUCAUUACAAUUAUCAUUACAUGCUGUUCUGUUUUAGGCUGUAAAAGGUCUUCUGGAAGGUCUUAAUCCAAUCCCCAGUGACACUGAGCUGGCACUAAGAUACAGAGAUUGUCAUUUGGUUGUAUUGCGAAGUUUACAAGAUCCUCGGGCCUGUGGUCCACAUUGGACUGGAAAACAUGUUACCAAGUAAUUUAUUAGUUUUACUUAUUAUGUUAUGUUAUACUUUACAAUCAUAAUGACAGAAGGGGGGGGGCAUCUGUUAAUUUUGUACUAGAGUUCAAGUUAUAUACAUUGUUCUCAUUUACUAUAGAUUUGUAUGCGAAUGUCCACCAGAUGUAAAGUUCAAUGUGGACGUCAUUGACAUUCUCAUUCGCAGUCGCUUGAUCAACAUGAGAGAAUUUGAUAUCCAUUUAGCACAGGUAAAUUUGGUGCCUCAAAAAAUACCUUUAUUCUAUGGGACUAUGGGCCCAGGUUGACCCGCUGGGAAAGCGACCUCGUGGUCUGAGAUCCAUGGGACCCAGCUGAUGAGAUUACCUUUGACUCUUUGCUUAUUAGAAAAUAAUAGUUUGAUUAAGUAUAUAUAAGUUACGGUAAGAACGUUCAUAGCAUUAACGAGAUAAACUUCAUUCGUAUAUUGUAUCAUUGCAGUGCAUUGAGAAUGAGUUGAAUGUGUCGGCCAUCCACUUUGCUGUACAGUUAACAAAACUUUAUCUCAUUGACGAACAUAGUAAUCAUGUUUCCCAGGUAUGAAAAUUUUGAAAUUUGAAUUUCUACUUAUUUGCAAGAAAUGGUUGGUGUGUUGAAGAAUACCACCCAUAACGCUUAGCGCUGUGUAUGACCGCUACUCCGUUCAUUUUUCUGAUUUAUCUAGGGUGAACUGUACCAGACCUUAGAGGCUUUAUCUAGAAUAGCAAAUUCAAGAAGUGGUAUUGGAGAUGGGUGAGUUCUUGUCUCGUUAGGUCCGUUGUUAUCAACCCUCUUUUGUAUUUAGCCGUAACAGUCGUGAACAUAUGAAGUUGAAGAAGAACAUAUGAAGUUGAACAUAUGAAGUUGAAGAAGAACAUGAAGUUGAAGAGAGUCAGAGUGUCGAUAUAUAUCUACAUUUUAAAUACUUUUUUUCCAUUUUAGUCUGUCAUCAAUCCUGGAGGUCAUACGUGGUGGUGGUAUGAACAGUGCUAAUGAAUUCCCACAAAGAUUUAAUGAUUUAGACAAAGGAUCAAGUGGCCAAGCUGGAUUAUCAUUAGGAUUAUCCGGAUUACGGUUUGAAGAUCCUCCUGGUCUACAUGAUAAGGUGAGGCGCAACAGGAAAAUGUCAGAGUAUUUUAGUGUGUUAAACCACCCACGGCACUGCAACGUCUCGAUUUUCAGGUUAUUCAGGAAUUUUAUGAUUCAGGUUAUUUUAAGCACGUAUGCCAGAUUCAACGCCUCAAAUUUGCAAGUAAUGAUAUUCAGUUCUUAUCAUUCUUCUAUUAGGGCUUCCACAGCUAAAAACGAUCAGGUUGUUGUAAUAUUGAUGGAAACAGGAUUGAACAAUGUUGUGCGGCCCACAUUGUUCACAGUUGUCAACAAUAUUGAACAAUAUUGUUACACCCGAUUCAGGCACAACAAUAUUGUUCAAUAUUGUUGACAACUGUGAACAAUGUGGGCCGCACAACAUUGUUCAGUCCUGUUAAACAGUGGGCUCAUAAUUUUUACGCGUGUAAGUGAACAAUAUGUGACCCAGGUUCGAUUUUUGUAUCAUGCAGCAGUUGUAUGAUCAAUAACUUUAUCUCAUUUACGAAGAGUCGUUCCAGUUUGACUGUUGCUUACUGGAGUUUAACGAAAACAGUUGAUAGUACUGUCCUGUAUAGUCUGUCGUAGUGCUAUAAGUCAUAAAAAUCGUUCUGCUCUGUUUUUACCGAAGAUAGAACUUUCUUUCUCUGCCGUGUUGUCAAAUAUCCUGAAUCUUCUGUAUUUUAGGUCGAGUUUCUUCUGCGUGAAUGGGUUCGACUUUACCAUCAACCCGCUGCAGGAAAGGAAAGUGAGAAGGCAUUUUCAACAUUUGUUGCAAUGGUAGGAUAUAUAUUCAUUUUGCAGUAUGUACAGAAGUUGUCUGGUUGUAAGGUUGCCUCAGUUUCAGAAUAGUAUAUAGAAAGAAAAUUUGACCGACACAAAUUUUCGGUGGGAAAAAAUUUUUGAAGUUGAAAAUUUUCAACUUUUAACAAUGAUAUUUUCUUUUAACAAUUCAGAUCUGUAGCCUUAGGUUGUCUGUCGUAUUGAUUGCGUAUUAUAUAGAAAUUAUGUUGUACAUUUAGCUUCAUCAACAUGGCAUACUGAAAACAGAUGAUCUGAUAACGAGGUUCUUUCGAAUCAGUACAGAACUGUGUGUGGAAAAUACCUAUAGAGCACUCAUUGAACACGUGAGUAACCAAUAGUUCCAGUGCUUGAGAUUUGAUCUAUUUAAUUGAGCCUACAUAUAAUAUCGACAUAUAUAAAGUCUUUGGUAGGCAAAGAGUUGUAUGAGUUUCUUGUAAUCUUUUUAGUCAUCCAACCGAAGUCAUGCUCGAGCCAAGUGUUUCAGUACUUUGGAUGCAUACUGUCGUUUGAUAGCCUUGCUAGUUAGACAUUCAGGUGAUGCCAGUAAUAGCGUGACCAAGAUUAAUCUACUCACUCGGGUAAGUACGUCAUAUGCAGUAUCCUAUAGAUAAAUAGGUUGGGAUUCUGUAAAUAUAAAGGCGAUAAAUUCUGUGUCCCAAACUAACACGAGUGAUUUCGUAAAUUGAUUUGCUUUCAUGAAUGUGUAUUUUAGGUAUUAGGGACUGUGGUUCAAGUAUUGCUUCAAGAUCAUGAACUGCGAAAGACUGAUUUCCAUCAACUGGCCUAUCACAGAAUAUUUAUAAUUCUUUUGUUGGAACUGAAUCAACCAGAACCCGUUCUGGAAGCUAUUAAUUAUCAAGUCCUACAAACAUUUAGGUAUGUAUACAGUUCAUUUUGUAGACUUUAAUGUAGUAUUCUGAGCAGAUCUGGAAAGUGUAGAUACACACCGCUCAUACAGUUUUUAUAUCGUAUACAACACAGCCGCUCAUGCUGUAUGUAGUAUUUAGAGGCUGUUUAUUGAUCGCAGUUUGCCGUGACAGGAUGGAAGACAGAUGGUUGUGAUCACUAGGCUUAAACGAAAGUUCAAACGCCAGUUAAAAGAACUCAAUGAGAUGUUGUCGAGAUCUCGUAGUUCAAUAAGAUUAUUAUUACUGCUUGAACAACCUUUCGUUUACAAUUAUAGUAUAAUCUAUCUCUAGAAAAAUAAUGUAGUUUUACUGAAUCAUGCACUGUGACUUAUUUCAAUACAUCAAAAUCAUCCUACCUUACAUCUCGUUUCGGCAAAACAGGAUCAUGUAAACAGCCCCCUGCUUUCCACUUCAACCGAAGCGUGGCGUAUUUCUUUGUUUCCUGAGCACUAGAGUGAAGUGCGGCACGAUAUGGUCGAAGUGGAAAACAGGUUUUAUUCAUUCAUUUCCACAUGACUAUAUUGUGGUUUAUCUUUCCUGCAGUACAAUCUUCCAUGCUCUGCGUCCAUCACGUGCACCUGGAUUCGCUUACGCUUGGCUGGAACUGAUCUCACAUCGCAUGUUUAUGUCAAAGUUACUGUUAAACACACCACAACAAAAGGUUUGAAGAUUCAUCAUUAUCUUUACUGAUGAAAAAGAUCAGAAAAGAGAAUCUAUGUACACUAAUAAUCCCACCUCGGAUAUAUUUUUCCUUUGUAUAGGGUUGGGUGUUGUUUCAGCAAUUGUUGAUAGAUUUAUUCAAAUUCCUUGCUCCAUUCUUGAGAAAUGCCGAGUUGAAUAAACCGACUCAUCUUCUUUACAAGGUAAAACUUAAUUUUAUACAUUAUAUAUGAUUUUAUCGACUUGAUCACCUAAACUGGGUUUAUGCCUAUUUCAUUAAUAUUUUAUAAUUGUAUGGUUCCCUUAUUGUGCACCAAAUCGGUGAACAACUAAUUUUCUGUAAUUUGUUAUUUUAGGGAACUCUGAGAGUGUUACUGGUCCUGCUUCACGAUUUCCCAGAAUUCCUGUGUGACUAUCAUUUUAGCUUCUGUGACGUUAUUCCACCUAAUUGCAUUCAAAUGCGAAAUUUAAUCCUCAGUGCAUUUCCAAGAAAUAUGAGAUUACCUGAUCCUUUUACUCCGAAUCUAAAGGUAAUGUGAAAGUCUAAUGGUUACUGGUUGGACUGAAAACGAUUGCCAAUAAAAAAUUUUGUCACGAGAGUUAGUAUCUUCAUACUGUAUUUCAAUGCUCAGCCAACUCAUGUAUUUGUUAUUUAGGUUGAUUUGCUUACUGAUAUUGCUCACUCCCCCCGGAUUUUAACAAAUUUUGCGACGGCUAUCCAACCCCCUACAUUUAAAAAGGUAUGCUGUACUGUUCAUUUGUCUAUUGUAAGAAGUGCAUGCUUUCUGUAUAUCGUGUUUUUAACCAUCGGUAACCAUUCUGAUGAACACGAGAUCUUUACGUUAAAUAUUUCUGAUUUUGAAACUAUUGCAGGAAUUGGAUUCCUAUUUGAAAACUAGAGCUCCAGUAACGUUCCUGACUGAACUAAGAUCACAUCUACAGGUAAACAUUACUUGUACAAUCGCUAUCACUUGCAAACAGGCAGUGGCAAAUGACAAAACUCUGAACUCGCAGUUGCACUUGUAGUCAACUCUAAAACUAACUCACUAUAUACGGUAGUGUCAUAACUUUAUUCCAUAAAAUUGUCUAGGUAUCUAUGGUAAUUCCAAAUUUCUACUUUCCAAUCGUUUUUUCUGCAGGUUGCGACAGAGCCAGGCACCAGAUACAACGUACCAUUAAUGAACGCCCUAGUUCUGUAUGUUGGUACCCAAGCUAUUGCCUAUAUUCACAGUAAGAGUGGAACACCAAGCAUGUCGACUAUCACUCAUUCAUCCCAUAUGGAUAUCUUUCAGAAUCUUGCCGUUGACUUAGAUACUGAGGGUAAGCUUGCUCCAAAGUUUAUGUACGUUAAAUUCCACACCUCUCCUCCCGGAAACAGUCUUAUUGUUUUUUUAGCCAUGUUUCCCAAAGCUUGGACAGUCCAAGGAAAAUUUUGUUUUAUAAUAAACUAACUACAAUUUGUUUCUGUGUAUUUCCAGGUCGGUAUUUGUUCUUGAAUGCAGUCGCGAAUCAACUACGUUAUCCAAACAGUCACACUCACUACUUUAGUUGUGUUUUACUUUAUCUCUUUGCUGAGGCAAAUACUGAGGCUAUUCAAGAACAGAUCACUAGGUAAAGUAUGCUUGCUUUUAUCAGGCGUGUGGUAUACAUAUGAUUUAAAGCCAUUUGGGUAAUUAGUAAACCCCUCUCUCUGUUAAGCCAUUGUUUUUCAUUGUUAUUUGUCCAUAUUCUUCUUCCUCAGAGUACUAUUGGAAAGACUUAUCGUAAACCGUCCUCAUCCCUGGGGAUUGCUGAUAACAUUCAUUGAGCUUAUCAAGAAUCAUCAAUACAAGUUUUGGACUCACGAUUUUGUCCAUUGUGCUCCUGAGAUUGAGAAGUAUGUAAAUAUUUAUUGUUGCGUGUAAAGGUAUCGUUGGAUGCUGGUCUAUUUCAUAUCUGUUCCAUAUUUAGGCUAUAAUACUUUGGGGUGUGUGGUACCAUUAGUCUUGGGAGUCAGGGCUGGCAGACCUUCAAUUGCUAUAUGGAAUGAAAAGUGAUAAAAUCUAGUAAAAUUAAGUGUUCCAUAUCGUUUCUUCGUUUCCAGGUUGUUCGAGUCAGUGGCACGAAGCUGCAUGCAACAGAAACAGCCUCAAACAAGAGAGGGUGGUGCGCCUGAAACUACGUAAAGAUGCUCAGGCUUGUGGUCAGGCUAAUAAUCCGUUUGGUUUUGUCAUUGUUUUGUAUAAUGGUGUUAGCAUAGUGAAUUUUCAAAUUUAAUAAAGCUAAAACUUCAAUAAUUGUAAAUGCAAACUAUUCAUAGGUGGGGAUCUGGUAGGGGAGUGCAUAACUUAGAUACGGCGGGAACAUUAUUUUGAACAAUCAGGCCCAGAAUCAGUAGGUACAGCGUACCAGUGAUAAGGUGGGGUUUUUCAGGAGGAAGCAGAGUGGAAGGGGGUGGGGGGAAUGGUGAGAUGAGGAAAUCAACUGAAAACAUGUGGGAUGGUAAAAAUAUUAACAUGGUAUUCGGUAUUUAAGAAGCCCUGAAACAAAAUGGUGAAACAAAGUAAUGUUCUGCAUUCCUAAACCCCAUUGAGGCAAUGCCAUUCUUGUGGCAUACUGGGGUAUGUUUUAACACUAACUCAUACAAUUUAUUUCAGUUCAGGAAUUUGUAGUAACACUGCUUGAGUGCUUAUCUGUUUAAGUAUUGCAGUUUAGGUACAUGUGUAGAUAUUUAGGCUAAGAUUGAGGAUUAUAAUGAGAGUCAGAGCUAAUACAGCUGGGUUUAGGAUUAAAAAACACACACACAAAUUAAAAUGCACCUUUUAUUGUUGCUUGUAAUUUACAAAACCUUUGAAACCAUACAUCCAAAACUUUCUACUCUAAACAGAGUUUUUGAAAGUUUCAUCAUUAAUCAAAUAAUUUUGCAAUUAACACUUCAACUAUAUGCAUGUCUAGAUUAUUGGCUGAUAAGAGCCUCGAUAUCUGUAGCCAAAUCAAUUGUAGGGAAAGUCUUUCCAUAACGACGAUACGGUAUGCCAUUUUUGUCGACCAAGAAUUUCUCAAAGUUCCAUCUGAUAUCACUUCUCAAUAAUGGUUUCCAUUGGAUACCUGUUGGAUUGGCCAUAAACAAGCCAUCUGGGUCUUCAUCGGAUGGCAUCGGCAGAUUGGAUUUGAGGAACUGGAAAACAGGAUGGACGUCUUUACCGUUGACAUUGACUUUUGAGAACAUUUCGAUUUUUGGUUCAAAACUGUCACCAGGUCGGACAUGUUUGAGAAUGUCGAGAAUUUCUUCAUUCUUGCAGUUUUCCUGAUGUCCAAACUGGUUACAGGGAAAUCCCAGAAUAUGGAGACCUUUGGAUUGGUAUUUUUCCACAAGUACAUUCAUCUGGUGAAAAAAUGGAAAAAUCAAUCUGGGUGUUUUGUUUAGCACAAUAGUGUAAUUGGUGUAUAUUUAGAAAUGUUGAUAUAUAUUUAUGAUAAUAUAUAAAGAUAUAUAUUUAGAAAUGUUGGGAAUUAAUAUACAAGCAAGAAAAUUAAACUUCAUCUC